AUGUACAGCUGCUACUUCUCGCCAAACGAUGCACUGACGGACUUUGAAGCUGACAUUCGGCAACUCGAGUCGAGCCUUAGAGGAUCCAGGUUGGAUGUACUCGUCACCGGAGAUUUUAAUGCUAAGUCGCCGGAGUGGGGCGAGUCAAGGCUCGAUAAAAGAGGCAGAGUGAUCGGAGAAAUGGUCUCCAGGAGCAAUUUAACGAUUGUGAACCGGGGAAGGACAUGGACGUUUAGGAGGGGUGCAAUUGGAUCGAUCAUUGAUCUUACGAUUGCAUCAUCUCCUCUAUUCAGACGCAUAAACGAAUGGCGAGUCUCUGAGGAGUAUACCGCAAGUGACCACCAGUACAUCGAGUUUUCAGUCUCAGUGGGAGACACAGGAAAUGGUGGAAGACAGGAAGCACCGUGUCGAAAACGCCUCUCCUGGAAUGUAAAGAAAAUCGAUAAGGAGAAAUUUGUCCGAUCCCUGGAAGAAUCCCGCCUCAUUGAGGAAUUGGGUUGGGUGCAGAGGCCAAAUACCAUGGAUGCAGAGGUACGAGCGGUGAGGAAAACCAUCACCGCUGCCUGCGAUGAAUCUAUGCCGCGUCGCAGGUGUACCGCUUAA